AUGGCCCAAAGGAGAGGACCAUGGUCGCAACAGGAGGAUGCAUACCUCAUGCAGCUUGUCAGCGACCAAGGCCCCCUGAACUGGGUGCGCAUUGCCCAGGCCCUGGGAACUCGGACACCAAAGCAGUGCAGAGAACGAUUUCACCAAAACCUCAAACCUACAUUGAACCAUGAGCCCAUUACACCCGAGGAGGGCGCCCAAAUAGAGCUUCUCGUCAACGAGAUUGGCAAGAGGUGGGCAGAGAUUGCUCGACGCCUACAUGGCCGCAGCGACAACGCCGUCAAGAACUGGUGGAACGGAAGCCAGAACCGCCGCAAGCGACACGACCGCCGAAGAGCCAAUCAAGGCAGCUCCAGCUACGACGACAGGAGGUAUGGUCCGUCCACCUUCCCCCGCCCGACUCUCACCCUCAACCCGCAUUCAUCGGGUCUGCCAGUUCCCAGGCACGCUGUGUCAUCCCCCGUAUCACCAACAUUCUAUAGCCAUGGUCAUGGCCUUCCGUACUACCACAUUGACUCGCCUCUCCCAUCACCUUGCUCUACUGCUUCCCCGGGCAGUGAUGCCCUUGAUGGUGAAGCUUCGACCGUAUCAGACGCCGCAUCCAGCUACACCACCUCCCCCCAAUGUUUGUCUAGGGGCACAUCACCAUCUCUCCAAUUGCCUCCUCUUCGCAACCUGGAUGGUGGCUCUCAGCCACGCUCUUUGCCAGGGUUUGGCUCUCUGCUUCACGCACCAGGCGAGAGAAAGGAGCCCAGUCACGGCAGACUUCCCUCCAUGGGAUCACAUCUUUUGACAGCACCAAACUCACCCGUGACAAGCACUGCCAACUCGCCUUCGACAGCAGAUAAGGAUGCUAGGAUGGACGUUUCGGCGCUUCUUGGUUGA